AUGGCAGUCAAAGUUUAUAUUGUGUAUUAUUCCAUGUAUGGACAUGUUGAGAAACUAGCAGAAGAAAUAAAGAAAGGGGCUUCUUCUGUGGAAGGUGUUGAAGCAAAAUUAUGGCAGGUACCUGAGACACUGCCCAAGGAGGUCCUUGGUAAGAUGAGUGCACCACCCAAGAGCGAUGUACCAAUCAUUACCCCAAAUGAUCUCUCUGAGGCUGACGGCUUCGUGUUUGGCUUUCCAACAAGGUUUGGAAUGAUGGCUGCUCAGUUUAAAGCCUUUCUAGAUGCCACAGGAGGUUUAUGGAGAACUCAACAGCUUGCAGGAAAACCUGCUGGAAUCUUCUACAGCACCGGUUCUCAAGGUGGUGGCCAAGAGACUACGGCGCUCACUGCUAUCACUCAGCUGGUUCAUCAUGGAAUGAUAUUUGUUCCAAUCGGUUACACUUUCGGUGCAGGCAUGUUUGAGAUGGAGAAAGUGAAAGGUGGAAGUCCAUAUGGUGCCGGAACUUACGCCGGUGACGGCUCAAGACAGCCAAGUGAGCUUGAGUUAGAGCAAGCAUUCCAUCAAGGGAAGUACAUUGCAGCAAUCACAAAGAAGCUCAAGCAAGCUGCUUAAUAAUGCCUUCAUAUAUAGACAUACUACUACUAUUGUUAAACCAUACCAAAGUAUUGCUUGAAAAUCAUCACCCAUUUUUUAGUCUUGAAAUAUAUUGAGCUUUAUUUUUCUGUGCUUGCAAGUAUUUUUUUGUUUCUUCUCAUUAUCGUAAAGGAAAUGCUUUGUAUGCGUGUUGCAGUUGAUGUUGGAAUUUGUUGAAUGAUGAAAGUUUGUCUGUCUCAGUCUUGUUCUUUCGUGUUAGGCUAAACAAUAUUUGUUCCCAGCUUUUGUAUUACCCCCAUGAAGCUCAUAAAUAUUGCAACAAGUUCUUCUA